AUUUACUAACUUUUGAAGAAGCAUCAUGCCUGAACCAGCCAAACCCGCGCCCAAGAAGGGCUCUAAGAAGGCCGCAACCAAGACCGCCGUUAAGGGAGGAAAGAAGCGCAGAAAGUCCAGGAAGGAGAGUUACGCCAUCUACGUGUACAAAGUGCUCAAGCAGGUCCACCCCGACACCGGCAUCUCUUCCAAGGCGAUGGGCAUCAUGAACUCUUUCGUCAACGACAUCUUCGAGCGCAUCGCCGGUGAGUCGUCUCGUCUCGCGCACUACAACAAGCGCUCCACCAUCACGUCGAGAGAGAUCCAGACCGCCGUGCGUCUGCUGCUGCCCGGUGAACUCGCCAAACACGCCGUGUCCGAGGGCACCAAAGCCGUCACCAAGUACACCAGCUCCAAGUAAAGCGCCGCUUUCAUCCGCCGCACACAAAGGCUCUUUUAAGAGCCACACACUUAUUCCUUUAAAAGAGAUUCUCAUGUUUGUAAAGUUGUGGUUGUAGUUUUUCAUUGUAAUUAUUUAAAUUGCGACUCGACAUACGCCGUUUAAUGGCAACAAAUCGAUUUAUCAUGUUUUAAAGUAAAUAUAAAUGUAAAGGUUUGACUUUAGUUAUUAUUGCACGAUUAUCGCAGAAGGUGGCGGUAUUAUACCGGAUAUAAACUAUCAGAGUUCGGUCUUCAGCUGCUUUAAGGCUGAAAUACACUACAAGACUUUUGCUCAGUUUUCAGUCUGGACUUGUUACAGAAAGUCUGUGUCAGUCUGCAGAUUUGAUCAGUUUGUGUGUUUUUAUCUGAAACUUUUAUAAAGACUGAAAGUGUUUGAUGUCUAGUUGAGAUUCUUGUAGUGUUUUACAGACAUAGAGGUGUUUUAUCAUCACACACAGUCAUGUCAUCUGUAGUAUUUAUGA